AUGUCCUCGGGCGAGCUUACAAACAUCCUUGUCUCGACCGACGUCACCAGAUACCUCGAGUUCAAGCAGGUUGCCGGCAGCUACGUCCAGCAGGGUGCGGGAAGCAAGGCGACUGUUGCCAAGGUCCCCUCGGAUGCCGGCGAGGCUCUCAAGUCGCCCCUGAUGGGCAUCUUCGAGAAGCGCCGCAUGAAGAGCUUCAUUGAGUGGGUUGGCCAGUUCGACCUCAAGGACUCUGCGACACACAAGGGCCUCAACAUGACCACCUGCACCAUGAAGGAGGUGUUUGACAAGUUCGGCCUCGAGGCCACGACCAAAGACUUCAUCGGCCACGCCAUGGCUCUUUACCAGACUGACUCGUACCUCGACAAGCCCGGCGUCGCCCCCGAGGCCAUCGAGCGCAUUCGUCUGUAUGGCAACUCGGUCGCCCGCUACGGAAAGUCUCCCUACAUCUACCCCCUCUACGGCCUCGGCGAGCUCCCCCAGGGUUUCGCCCGCCUGUCGGCCAUCUACGGCGGCACCUACAUGCUCAACACCAACGUCGACGAGGUGGUCUACGAGGGCGACAAGGCGGUCGGCAUCAAGGCCACCAUGACCAACAUCGAGCCCGAGAUGAAGUUUGAGACCAAGGCCAAGAUCAUCAUUGGCGACCCGAGCUACUUCCCCAACAAGGUCAAGGUUGUGGGACACGUACUGAGGGCCAUCUGCAUCCUGAAGCACCCGUUGGCGAACACGAGCGACGCGGACUCGGCUCAGCUGAUUAUUCCCCAGAGCCAGGUCGGCCGCAAGAAUGAUAUUUACAUUGCGGUUGUGUCGUCGGCGCACAAUGUCUGCCCCAAGGGGUACUGGAUCGCGAUUGUGUCGACCAUUGCCGAGACGUCGGCCAAUCACCAUUUGGAGCUGGCGCCGGGGAUUGAGAGGUUGGGCAAGAUUGAGGAGCAGUUUAUGGGCCCACCCAUUCCCCUCUAUGAGCCGCUCGAGGACGGCACCAAGGACAACAUCUUCAUCUCUAAGAGCUAUGACGCUUCUAGCCACUUCGAGACGACCACGGAUGACGUCAGGGAUAUUUACCGCCGUUUGGCGGGCGAGGAGUUGGUUGUCGAGGGUUUGAGGGAGGGCAUUCAGAUUGAGGGCGGUGAUCAGUAAGCUGGGGGAAGAAGAUGGGGUGAGGUAGAUGGGUAGGAUAUUUUCUGCCAAUGGGGAGGGGGGGAUUGAUGAGGAGGAUUGAUUGAUAUGUGAUUAGUUCUGGGUCUUUUUUUCUGAAACGUACAAGCAAGCAAUACACAAAGAGUUGAAAACCUUGUGGGGG